AUCUCUUAUGAGGACCAACCGACUAUCAUGGAUUUUGGUACUAAGUGUAGUUAUAUUUCUUGUAAUAAUAAAUACCAUAAACGCAUCGGAUGAUGAAGAACGAUUGAUGGUGGAUGUAUUUCGAGGCUAUAAUUCUCUCAUUCAGCCAGUCCGAAAUUCGUCUGAACUUCCAUUAAUUGUCAAAAUGGCUCUGCAGUUGGUGUUGCUCAUCAAUGUGGACGAGAAAGAUCAAGUUAUGCAUACAAAUGUUUGGCUUACGCUGCAGUGGCAUGAUUUUCAAAUGAAAUGGAACCCUGUCAACUACGGAGAAAUCAAACAAAUUCGAGUGUCACCAGAUAAAGUUUGGCUCCCUGACAUAGUUUUGUUCAACAAUGCCGAUGGAAAUUACGAGGUGUCAUUUAUGUGUAAUGUAGUUAUUAAUCACAAAGGAGAUAUGUUAUGGGUUCCGCCGGCAAUUUAUAAAAGCAGCUGUAUCAUUGACGUCGAAUUCUUCCCAUUUGAUGAACAAGUGUGCACUUUGGUAUUUGGAAGUUGGACUUAUAACGAAAACGAAAUAAAACUGGAAUUUGUUCAAGCCGAACUUGUAGAUGUCUCUGAAUAUUCAGCAAGCUCAAUUUGGGAUGUUAUAGAUGUUCCAGCAUCAUUGGUCAAUAAGAGAUCGAGAAUUGAAUUUCAAGUUCGAAUUCGUCGAAAGACACUUUUUUACACUGUUGUCCUAAUUAUUCCAACGGUUUUAAUGGCAUUCUUGAGUAUGGCUGUAUUUUUCUUGCCUACUGAUUCUGGAGAAAAAAUAACGUUGACAAUAUCUGUUCUACUCUCCAUCGUUGUGUUCUUGCUUCUUGUAUCAAAGAUUCUUCCACCAACAUCUUCUACAAUUCCAUUGAUGGCCAAAUAUCUACUGUUGACAUUUGUUCUUAAUGUUAUCACAAUUCUAGUUACUGUCAUCAUUAUCAAUGUAUAUUUCCGAGGACCAAGAACUCAUCGGAUGCCACAAUGGGUUCGAGUCGUAUUUUUGCAGUUUCUUCCAAAACUUGUUUGCAUGAAACGCCCAAAAUCGGCAUCUGAGCGAAGCGCUGUCCGUUCUGGAAUGGCCCAACUACCAGGAGUUGGACAGUUUACAUUAAGCCCAUCAGCUCAUCAUCCACUAUGUCCAUCAGCUGAUGAUCGAACAACUACAAUUCGAAAUACUGCAUCAAAUGAGACGUCUGCAUAUUAUCCAUUAAGUACUGAUGCUCUACGAGCAAUUGAUGCAAUUGAGUAUAUUACGGAACAUUUGAAAAGAGACGAGCAACAUAAAUCGUUCCGAGACGAUUGGAAAUAUGUGGCAAUGAUAAUCGAUCGAUUGCUGCUUUAUGUAUUUUUUGGAAUAACUGUUGGAGGAACAUGUGGUAUUCUGUUUUCCGCGCCUCACGUAUUCCAGAGAAUUGAUCAACAAGAAAUGUUGGAUCGUCUCAAAGAGAAAUACGAUACAGCAUCCAAUAUUCCCUGAAUUAUAGUAAAUUGUUGGUUUCUUUCUUCAAAUAGGUCUUUCAAACUGUUUACAUUUUUUAAAUUGCGGGUGAAUCAAAUAACAAACUGGUUUAGUUUGUUUUUAUCAAGUGUAUGUUUUUUUU